AUGCCUGGACAUCGUCGCGGACCUUGGUCGCAGGCUGAGGACAACUACCUUCUCCAACUCAUCGAUCAGACUGGCGCCAACAACUGGGUUCGCAUCUCGCAGCAAAUCGGUACGCGAUCGCCCAAGCAAUGUCGAGAGAGAUACCACCAGAAUCUCAAGUCUGAGCUCAACCAUGCUCCAAUCACUCCUCAAGAAGGCGAGUUGAUUGAGACGCUUGUCAAGGAGAUGGGCAAGAAGUGGGCAGAAAUCGCUCGACACCUGAAAGGACGAAGCGACAAUGCCGUUAAGAACUGGUGGAACGGAGGCCAGAAUCGAAGAAGGCGUAAUCAGACUGCUCGUCGCGGCUCGAGAGACAAUGCACGAGCGAAGAUUGUUUACCAGCCGCAAGCGACACCGAUGGGCUAUCACUUCGCACCGCCUGCUCCAGCCGGCCUGCAUCCGCACGACAUAGCUACUCACCAUCACUUCGCUCAACCUCACAACCCUUAUCAGCAGUUUCCGCCUCGUGCACCACACAACCUCGACCAACCUGCCUUCCAUCCUCGCCACCAGCUUGAAAUCAACCCUUACGCGCAAUCACGGCUUCGCGCUUACGACAAUCCUCGUUCUUACGACACACCUCUCCCCUCUCCUGCCUUUUCGAUGCACUCAGCUGAGGGCGCCCCCUCGCUGAUGUCCGACAAUGGCUCGGACUCAAGAUCGCCAAAUCGCACUCACUCUCCUUACGUGCUUGCUCCACUGAUCGGCUCGCGCGAAGAGAGGCGCAACUCCCAAAUCUUCAUCAUGAGGAACGGCAGCACUGGCUUUGCCACGGAGGAGGAGACUCAUUUAGCACCUGUCGGCGACAGAUCGUGUCCAACCCUUGAGCUACCAAGGCUAGGCGCUCCGACAGCGCAACCGACCUUUAGACCAGUUGACUACAGUCGACCAGCUUCGUUCUACCAUCAGCCUACACAUCUCAGCCACAGCCAGACAGUCUCUGUCCACCCUCAGCCAGUCCAACCAAGCUACAGCCCUUCUGAUCCGAUCUUCCCUAAACCUGCACUGCAUCUACCACCUCCACAGUUCAGCUGCGAAGGCCCGCCGACAGGACCGUCGCCACCCUUGCCCGCUGGGCAACGGCCGCUUCCUCCCCCGAUCUCUCCUCUGCAGCAGCUACCGUCGAUCAUUUCUCUGGAUUUGCCUAUAUGA